AUGUCAAAGCCGCACACGAUUCAGCGUUUCACGCAUAACCAUCCCUUGACCGAAGCCAACGGAGUUGGCACAUACACGUGCAAUGGUUGCAAACUUCACGGUCACGGCAAGACCUACCGGUGCAAUGACUGCGAUUACGACCUCCAUGAAUAUUGCGCCACGUGUCCUCCAACCCUCAUAAAAACAUGGCACGCGCCUGAUCAUGAGCUAACCCUGUUCACCGGUCCUGCCCACAUGACCGAGCGUGUGUGCUGUUUUUGCCAAUUUUACAUCCAAGGGAUGUUCUACAAAUGUAAGCACUGUAAUUUUGAAUCUCACCCGCUUUGCACACACGGUCUAAUGCAUGUUUCGUCUCCUGACGCAAUGGAAACGAGGCAGAGAAGCCUGCAUAGCCCUCAUGCGGGGCAGCCAUUGUCGCCGCACCACUAUGGUCAAGGAAACUCCUAUGGUUAUGGGCAACAUCCUCAUGGUGGUGGUCAUCAUCAGCAGCAUCCCCACAUGAGCCCGGGCUCUCCAAGAGCAAGUCCAAGUACUCCAGAUUCAAGCAAGGGAAAAAAGAAAAACGGAGGAUUUAUGGGAGCCUUCAAGGCUGUGGUAACUGUAACUGCUACGCUAGCAACCCAGUUGGCCGUUGCCACGGUGGCGGAUGAGUAUACUGGAACUGGAUGAAGAAUAGUUUGAUGAUGAAGUUUUACUUGUUGGUGUGCCUUUACCUUUCGGUGCUGUUUUCCAUUACAUGCAGACAAAUGUAUGUACCCUUUACAUGCAGACAAAUCUGUUUUCCAUU